AUGUUGGCUCCGAAACAGUACUCCGCGCCCUUGGGUGCGCCCCCAUCCCAGACGCCUGCGAAUGGCUACAUCGCGAACACAUCACAAAGACCUGCGACGGCCACGAAAAUUCAAGAUGGAGGCGCGUUCACCAGCCCAACGAAAUCAGAGUUUUCUGAAGGCCAGGAUGAUUUCUCAUCUGUUCGGACGUGGGAUGAGAAGCGGGUGGUGGCAUGGCUUCACAGCAUCAAAUGUGGCCAGUACGAAGCGAUCUUCAAAGCCAACAACUUCAAUGGAGACAAUUUAAUCGACUGCGAUCAAAAGAUCCUGCAGGAAAUGGGCAUCAAGAAGGUUGGCGAUCGAGUGCGCAUCUUUGUGGCGAUCAAACAGCUCCGGAACAAGUCUGGGUCCAAUCCGAGGCAAAAGAACCUGAAUACAUUAGCAACGCUUGAAGCUGCAACGCUUUCUAACGAUCACCCUCGUUCCCGUAUGCCUAUCCUGAGCAGGCGCCUGUCCCAGCUGGUUGAUGAUAGCUCGGGCUACCUGGGUGGUCGAUCACCUCAACCCACGUCCCCUCCCGGAGACGGCCCAUGGCGCAAAGAUGGUUAUCUGAAUCAUCCCUCGUCAGGUGGCUCCAGCUCUGGCCGGAAUCCAAGCACCCCUAGUGAUGUUGGCCAGGCUGGUCGCGGCAGCUCUCACCCUCGGAAUCCGAGUCUGGAUGGCCUCACCAUGGGCCCCCUUCCGCCCAACUCCCCGGUCAUCCGCGUCAUCUACACGGGGGGCCAAACCAAGGUCUUGAACAUUCGGAGCUGCAGAACGCCAGAUGAGGUCGUCCUCCAUGUGUUGAAGAAGCUGCAACUCCCCGAGCAUCAAUACCGAAAUUAUUGUUUCUAUGUUCUGGACGGAUUGGAUGCGGAUCAGUCAAAUUGCAGGAGGCUCAACGACUCCGAACUCAUGGAUAUCUGUGAAGGCACCCACAGGCCUGAGCGUGGCCGUUUGAUUCUCCGCAAAAUUCAUGCCGGGGAACCAGAUCUCGACGAGCUUCGCCGUGCAUCCCAGCUGGCAUACGAUGAAAGUCAGGUGGUGCAUCAAAUGGCCCUCAACAAUUCCAACGCGCGACAGAAACAAAAGAUUGAGCAGCUUACGGGUGAAACAUUGAAUAAUAUCAAGCAACCCCAAUCUCCAUUGGGUCCUCGGCAACGUCCGGCCAAUUCGGGUGACCAAGAUCCCCAGUCGGCCACCAGCGAUCGCAAUCCUGUGGCCAAGCUUCGGUCAUUCUUCGGACAGAGACCGCCGAGCGAAAUGAUUAUUCACGAGCUACAGUCCUUUUUCCCGAGCCACGAUCGAGAGAACAUCGAGAAGACGAUGCGGAGGUCUCAACGUCUGAGCCGUGCAACGAGUCGUCUGAGUGUCAUGAGCAACUACAGCGUUGCUUCAAGCCUCAAGGAUGCGCCGCCGCUGCCGCCAUUGCCGCCGAUCCCUCCAAUUCCUAACAUUGCCGACUCCUGGUUCCAGGCCCCCGGGGGAGCCCAGGUGGCGCGUGCCCCCCGGCCCGUAUCGGGUUCUAAGUUCAGCCUUCCCCAGACGUCUUACCGAGAUUCCGUCGCCUCGAGUUCUCUCCAGCCACUUCAGGAGGAGUCGCCCGUCGAGCCCAAUCGCAAGUCGUAUGUCUCGUUUGAUAGUGGCUCGGACGAACCGAUCACAUCGCACCAGAGCCCGGUUGAUGAGAGUAAUAGUGCCGCCGCCACAGACGGUGGCUCGUUCAAUGAUCGAUUGAGUGUUCUUGUGGGUGAGGAGGAUGAAGAAGAGGACGACACAGGCCUGACCGACUUCCUGGCCGGAAAUAAUUUUGCGCCCAAGAACUGGAUGAAGGGCUCUCUGAUUGGCGAGGGUUCCUUUGGAAGCGUGUUCUUGGCCCUUCACGCCAUUACCGGUGAACUCAUGGCUGUUAAGCAGGUGGAGAUUCCUUCGGCUACCAAGGGGACCGAAUUUGAUCAACGAAAGAGCAGCAUGGUCACUGCUCUGAAGCAUGAGAUUGAACUCCUGCAAGGGAUGCACCAUCCGAACAUUGUGCAAUACCUUGGCACCUCUACCGAUGACCAGUACCUGAACAUUUUCCUGGAAUAUGUGCCAGGUGGCUCGAUCGCGACCAUGCUGAAGCAAUACAACACUUUCCAGGAACCCCUGGUCAAGAACUUCGUCCGCCAGAUCCUAAAAGGUCUCUCCUACCUCCACAGCCAGGACAUUAUCCACCGAGACAUCAAGGGCGCCAACAUCCUUGUCGACAACAAGGGAGGCGUCAAGAUCUCCGAUUUCGGUAUCUCGAAACGUGUCGAGGCAUCCACCGUCCUUGGUUCCCGAGCCAGUCACGGUGGCGGCGGUCAUCUCCACCGACCGUCUCUCCAGGGCAGUGUGUACUGGAUGGCACCUGAAGUUGUACGGCAGACCGCUCACACCAAGAAGGCCGAUAUCUGGAGUUUGGGCUGUCUUGUCGUCGAGAUGUUCAUCGGCGCUCACCCCUUCCCGGACUGCAGCCAGCUCCAGGCCAUUUUCGCUAUUGGCAGCAACCAGGCCCGGCCUCCGGCCCCAGAGCAUGUGAGUCGGGAGGCGGUCGAGUUCCUCGACAUGACCUUCCAGUUGGACUUCGAGCUGCGGCCCAGUGCCAACGAGUUGCUGAAGUGCGAGUUCUUAGCUCCACCCAUCGCAUGA